UUCUACGCAUAUUGAAGGUGUUUAAUUCGAAGUUAAUAGCAAUGUAUGUGGUAGUUGCACUGUGUUUUGUCGCUUUGGCUAGCGCCAUGCCGGAUUACAGACCAUGCACCUACGAUACUAGAGGAUUAUGUAUGCACUAUUGUGAAGAAGGAACCUAUUCAUACAACACUGGUUGUGGCCCGAUGACCCCCGAACCGACUUGUGAAAACCCGCACCCAGUAGCAACCAGAUACGCUAUAUGUGACUACUCAGCUUGCUACUGUAAACCGCCCACCGUUAGAGAUACUUCUAGUAAGAAGUGCGUUCUACUAGAAAGAUGUCCACCAAAAGAGGAUCAUAAUAUUCACGAUUCACAUUUAUAUACUAAGUUUUGAUUACAUGUUUAACUUUAUUUAUUUCUUUUCCAAUGUUAAAACCAAUGACAAUUUUUUUUUAAUUUUUUGCUGCAUAACUUCUAC